GUUUACCUCUUUGUUCUGCAGGAGCUGGAAGCUCCAGUUUGGGUAAGGAGGCUCCCAUUCCGAGCUUGCGUGGUGGUUCUGUGUGGCGCUGAGGACUUUGGAAACCUCAGAUGGCUAAACUAUUACAACCUCCGCCCAAGUUCCUGCCCUCAGAGUGGCACAUUGCUAACAAGAACCAGUGCCACAGAGCAGACGCUCAAAGGUCCCGAUCGGAACGCCUGGUCGCAGAAAGCCAGAGGCUUGUGGAUGAAAUUGAAAAGACCACAAGAAAAUCUCAAAGCGAUGUGAACAAGAAACUAGAACAGAGACUUGAGGAAGUCCGGUUCUGGAAGAAGGAGUUAGAUGACAAACUUGAGCAGCUUGUGAAUGUAAUCAAUGAUCUACUCGUAUAUAAGAUCAGAUUGGAAAAAGCCCUGGAGAGAUUGAAAGAGCCCUUGCACAUUACUGAGACGUGCCUGGCAUACAGGGAGAAACGCUUUGGCACUGACCUGGUGCAUGACACAGUGGAGCAUGAGCUGAUAAAGGAGGCUGAGAUCAUCCGGGGCAUUAUGGCUCUGCUGACCCGUACCUUGGAGGAGGCUUCUGAGCAGAUUCGGAUGAACCGCUCUGCCAAGUACAAUCUUGAGAAGGAUUUGAAGGACAAGUUUGUGGCCCUGACCAUAGAUGAUAUCUGCUUCUCGCUCAACAACAACUCACCAAACAUCAGAUACUCCGAGAAUGCCGUGAGGAUUGAGCCAAACUCCGUGAGUCUGGAAGACUGGUUGGACUUCUCCAGCACCAAUGUGGAGAAGGCUGACAAGCAGCGGAACAACUCCCUGAUGCUGAAAGCCCUGGUGGAUCGAAUCCUGUCCCAGACAGCCAAUGAUCUGCGCAAGCAGUGUGAUGUGGUGGACACGGCAUUCAAGAAUGGGCUGAAGGAUACCAAGGAUGCCAGGGACAAGCUGGCUGUUCAUCUGGCCAAGGUCAUGGAAGAGAUUGCUUCCCAGGAGAAAAAUAUUGAAGCUCUUGAAAAAGCCAUCCUUGACCAAGAAGGGCCAGCCAAGGUGGCUCAUACGCGCUUGGAGACCAGGACACACCGGCCGAACGUGGAGCUGUGUCGUGAUGUCGCACAGUAUAGGCUAAUGAAGGAGGUUCAAGAGAUCACCCACAACGUUGCAAGAUUAAAGGAAACUUUAGCCCAAGCUCAGGCAGAGCUGAGAGGGCUGCAUCGCAGACAGCUUGCCCUGCAGGAGGAGAUCCAGGUCAAAGAGAACACCAUUUAUAUCGAUGAAGUGCUGUGUAUGCAGAUGAGGAAAUCCAUCCCACUUCGGGAUGGGGAAGACCAUGGGGUCUGGGCCGGGGGCCUCCGCCCUGAUGCUGUCUGCUAAUAGUAAGGCUAGUUCCAAUUCUCAUUAAACCACAUCAUAAACAGUAGUUAGAGUAGUACAGACCUCUCAUUUCAGGCUGGCAGGGCCUCUAGCCAGCCUGCUGCAACCUCUUGGCUGGCAUUCCAAGCCUGCUCAGGGGGCUGAUUUUGGGGCAAGUUUCUUUUCUUAUGCUGGCGUGGUGUUUGCCUAACAAUUCAACUCCAUAUUUUAGCACAGGCCACUCUUAUAAUAUCACAGGACUUGGGGCCCCAGGACAGGGUUUCAAGACAUUUCAGUUCAGAUUCAAUUCAAUAAAGUAGUUGGGCUGGAUCACGUAUGUAGACCAUGCCCCUCUUGCUCAUGAGAUGGGAUGCUAACCUUUCUCUUGGCUCGCAAAAUUUCUUUUCUCUAGAAAAUAAUGUGUUUUUUUUACUCUGAAAUACUCAAAUAACAUAAAGAAAAAAAAAAUUCCAUUCAUGCCAUGGGUUCAAGUCAAUGGUUAAGACUGUAGGUUCUGGAGUCUGCCAUCUGCGUAUAGGACCUCCAAUCAUCCCUACUCACAGGGCUAUGGGGGCGUUGAAUGAGAUCACCUCCGUAAAGGGCUUCGUACUGAGCCUGUAUCAUGGGGCAGUGAGUGUUUAAUGAAUGUGAGCCAUUGUGAGCAGUCCCACCCUAUACCAACAUAAUUUCUGCACAAUUGUACUCAUGGCAUAAACUCAAUUUCAGGAUUAUUUUUUUCCUUCACUGCUAAUUAUUGCAAGCCUUUGUUCAUGUUGCUAAAUUGUCUUUAUAAUUAUUUUAAUGGUUACGUACCUCUUUACAAGUUUUCAGCAAGACUGUUUUAUAUACUUACUGUUUCUUUUCCAAAAAGAGCUCUACUUGUGGGAGGUUGCCUUCCGCUGAGCUGCAGCAGGUCAGAGAUCUAUGUGGGCAACUGUCAAAGGAAGACCUUUGCUGUGGGAAACUGCUCAUUCGUUCCUUAUUCCGCUAACACUGAAGGAACACCUUCCAAGGAUGAGGCUUACCAUCUCAGCACCAUGUGCGAAGCUGCUGCUACACUCUGCUAACAUUUGGUUCCCUGAUGCUUUUGGGCACCUGAUGGUGUGGGGCUCAGGAGACCUAGCUUCUAGUUCCAGCACUACCAGGAAAGUGUCUCUCCUUCCUUAGGGCCACCUGGAAAGUAAGGAAUGGACUAUAUCGUCCGGAACUCUUCCUAACCUUGCUGUUCCCUGAAUCUGGCUGUCUAGCUGCACAUAUGGUGUCAUAGGGCACAAUGAUAAUUCAGAGUGUGGGCCUAAUUCCUGGGAGCUUUGCAAUCUAGGUGCUCCUUGGUUCAGAGACUCUUUGCCAUCAGAAAGGGAUGUUCCCAAUCUGGGAUGGAGAAACCCCCUUUGAGGCCAAAAGCACUGGCUUAAUUCUGUUAAUUCUGAUUUAUGCUACCCCAGUGCUGAACGUCUCCUCUCAGAGUGCUCAGCAAAUACACAGCCCUUCCCAUGCCCCAGUCAAGGAGGGAGGCCCCUCUCUGCUCACUGGGAAGCCUCUGGGUGCUCUUCUGUUCUGGCUCGGAGGAGUCCAAAUAGGCCUUCCCAGCUCACUGGGCAGACCUCAGAGUUUCUGCUAACUUAGCAGGGUUAUGAGGUCUGUGCCAGAGGAUGUGGCCAGCAGGGUGUGAAGACAUUGGGCAAAAUCCUUCCUUGUGAAUACAGCUCUCAGAGGCAGCCAGCCUCAGUGGUGGAUUCAAAUCUCAGGCUCUGCAGGGAGAUGUGAUUCAGAUCAGCUGGUGGAUCAGUUCCACGCUCUACCUGUGGUGUGAUCCCAGCCAAGUUACUCAACUGCCCCGAGCUUCAGUUGCCUAAUCUGUAAAUAAGACUAAUAAAGCCUAGAUUGGCGAGAUAACGUGUGGAAGGCUCUCAACAUAGUUCUGGAACACGCUGCUUUUAAGGGAAAUGUGAUUUUGAUUAUGGUUGAGGCCAUUUCUCAACAUGUAGACACAAAAUGCGGAAACAUCUAAGAUUUCAAGAAAUCAAUGUUUUGUUAGUAAA